AACAAUUGUAAAGAAUAAAAUCAAGGAGGCCAAGUGGCUCCUCUAUACCAUUAAUAGGGCAGUUCUUGUUAACGAAAUAAUCAUGUUACCUCAAGUAAUUACCAGCUCGAAUUGUUCAAAUGCUAGAGAAAGUCCAGACUGCUAUGCUAACACC